AUGGAAUCAGUCUGGAAGGACAAAUGGGUGAAAGAUUAUGCUAUAAUUGAAAGACAUGAAGAUGAUAUCUACAUUCUACAAAAUACUAAUUUAAAGGUUAGUGAUCUGAUACAAAAUGGUGAAUGGAACAUACCAGCAGCUAUGGUUAAUUUCUUUGAUACUAAUGAACAGCCAGUUUUAAGACAUGGGAAAGAUAAAAGAAUAUGGACUCAGGAUAUAACAAGUUCAUUUACUGUGGCUAAUGCAGCUCAAAUGAUAAGGAAGAAACACUCAAAAGUCACUUGGGAAAAACAGGUAUGGCAGCCAUGUAUCCACCCUUACACUUCUUGUAAUGUAUGGAAAAUUCUAAGAGGGGAUUGUGCUACUGAAGAAACUGUCAGAAAAAAAGGUUUUCAUACUGUUUCAAAAUGUUACCUAUGUGGCAACAAUCAAGACACAAUGGAGCAUCUUCUGUGGUCAUGUGAUUUCAGUGAAAGAAUAUGGCAUUGGAUGAGUGAAAUCUUCAAAUGUUCAAAACCGGUGGACUUUGAGGAGAUUAUGAAGGGUGCUAAAGGACAUAGUCCAGCUAUUAAGGAAGUACGGUAUAUUUGUUCAUUCAACAUAAUGGUAGAACUGUGGUUUUUGAGGAAUGCAGUUAUUUAUGACGCAUUUGUACCUAAUAAUGAGUACUUCCAACAAAAAAUUAUGAGAAUUACAAAGGAAAGCAGUAUUAGAAUGAUAGGUAAAAUGUGGGGGAGAGUAGAUGAUCUGCAGAUACUUCAUUUUUUUGGAAUUUCAGGUAUAAAAGCUACAUGUGCAACAGUGAAACAAGUUUUCUUCAAAUUGCCUGAAGUCCAUCAAGUUUUGAUUUGCUGUGAUGGUGCAUUAAAAAGCAACCCAGGGUUGGCAGGUUUUGGGUUUGUAGCUAGAGUUAACUCAGGAGAAUGUGUUGGAGCAGCAUCAGGAGGGAUUGGUCUAGCUACUAAUUACCUAGCUGAAGUGAUGGCUUUAAUAGUGGCAGGUGAGUGGGCUAUCAGCAAAUUCUUUCAACAAGUUUAUUUUAUUUUGGAUUCAAAAGCAGUCAUAGUGGCUUUUUCAAACAAUAAGGUGCCAUGGAUAGUCCAGAGUAGAUGGGAGAGGAUAAGAAGAUUAAUACCUUACAUCACUUUUAAACACUCCUAUAGGGAGACUAAUUUUUCAGCUGAUAAUAUGGCUAAGAAAGGAGUGUUGCUAAGCAGGGAGUUGUCAUAUAUUAUGAAGAAAAACCAAGCUUCUUAA